GUGAUUAAGUGAUUCAAGUGUGAUGAAUGAAUUUACAGAACUCGGCAAUAUUUGCUUUAUCUUUGACUUUGAUUUGUUUUAGUCUUCAGCGACAGGGACUUGAAUGUCGGCGUUUGCUACAGCCUUGUUAUUAAGUAUUGCUUUUAUUUUCGGUUAAAGAUCACAGCUAGUCGUUCUCAUGGAAGUGAUUAUAGAAGUGGCGUAUCAAGUGCAGUCCCGCGUAGGAAAAAGCCAUAUAGUUUAUGAAAAUAAGCACAUCAGUAAUACAAUGUUUCACGUACGUCCAGCAAUCCAACAGCUCUGUUGCACACAUAAGAAAGAAAAAAGUUUGUGUAGCAAAGUAGCAGAAAAACCAAAAACUAUAAAUUCCUAUGUGCAUUUAUGCAUUUUAGUUGUCAAUGAAAGAACUUAGCUUACCCAUUAUCACGCUUGGUUUCUGCUAAGUAAAUCUAUAAAAGUCAACUUAACUUGAACGAAAUUUCAUGGCACAUGCGAUGGCACAUAAAACACAUCAUUAUCAUACCAAAGUUAUGGAAACUCAUUACUAUAUUUUUGCUUGAUGGUGGCAGUAAAGCAGUACAACUUGAGAUAGGAUCAGUUUGAACUCUGAGGGGAACACAGUAAAUCAUUGCAGAGUACAGAUAUUUUUCUCCUGAAUCGUGUGCCCCUUGGAUGCAACAGCUGCAACGUUUCAAAAAGCUCAGAAGUGGGCGUGUACUGUCCACCAGUGCAGCGUCAUUAUAAUGAGAACUUUGGAACCACCGCAGCUGUUACGGGAAAUGGCAGAAGUAUCCUGCGCUUUCCCACAUAAUUCUCAUAUCGAUGACCUUGUAGAGGCCAAUACUAAUGAUACUUCUACAAUCGCAUUGCAUGGUAGAUGGGCUAUAAAAGAGCACAGCAAUGCCACAAAGGCUGCAUUCAGUUCCAGGAAGGACAGCUCUUCGCAAGUUCAGUUCUAGCAAGGAAUCUCUUCGCAAUUUCAGUUUAAGGAAGGAUAUCUCUUUGCGCAAAGAUGGAUAAGUUCAUGAAGUACACAAACUUCUUCUUUACGACCUUAGGCUUUGAGGCAUACGCAACGGAGUCCCGACAGCCGACAGACAGUCUGAGGAACAGACUCGUGUUUUGGGGAAGUUUAUCGAACUUGGGGAUUGCGGGACUCGGCGAGUGUAUCUAUUUCUGUAUGGUAAUUUCCGAGGGAAACCUUCUGGAAGCCGUCACCGUGAUGUCCUACAUUGGGUUCGUCGCCGUGGGCUUCAUCAAGAUAUUCUUUAUCAGGUGGAAGAAGACGGCUUUGAGCGCUUUGAUGCAAGAGUUGGAGGAUAUGUUUCCGCGUGGAAAGGUACAGGAAGCAAAGUUCCAGCUGGAGGAGUAUCUGCGCUCCUGCUCUCGCAUCAGCUUUAACUAUGGUCUUCUCUAUAUCGUGCUCAUAUGGACCUUCAAUCUGUUCCCCGUCAUGGAGCUGAUUGUGUUCGAAAAGUGGCUGAAGAUUCGAGAGGUUGGCAAGUUGCUGCCCUAUCUGCUGUACGUUCCCUGGAAGUGGGAUGACAAUUGGUCUUACUAUUUGCUGCUGGGUGCCCUUAACAUUGCCGGAAUAACCUCCGCAGCGGCACAGAUUUCCUCCGAUCUCUUGCUCUGCUCAGUGGCCACUCAGUUGGUGAUGCACUUUGAUCAUCUGGCGAGGAGCAUGGAGCACCACAAUCUCAGUGGCAAUUGGCCGGAAGAUUCUCGUUUUAUCUCUGAAGUGGUGCGCUAUCACGAGCGAAUUCUGCGGCUAUCGGAUGUGGUGAAUGAUAUAUUGGGAGUCCCUCUGUUGCUCAACUUUAUGGUAUCUUCGUUUGUGAUCUGUUUUGUGGGAUUCCAGAUGACAGUGGGCGUCUCCCCGGAUAUGAUUACCAAACUGUUCCUGUACCUCGUCUCGUCGAUGAGUCAGGUGUAUCUGAUUUGCCAUUACGGACAGCUGGUGGCCGAUGCGAGCUCUGGGCUGUCCGUGGCUGUCUACAACCAGAACUGGACGCAAGCCGACGCUCGCUAUCAACGCGCCUUAGUCCUCAUCAUAGCCCGGGCGCAGAAGACCACCUAUCUAAAGGCCACCAUCUUCUUGGACAUUACCAGAUCCACCAUGACCGAUCUCCUUCAGAUAUCGUACAAGUUCUUUGCCUUGCUCCGCACCAUGUAUGUCCAAUAGAGGACGGACCCUAAAUCGCUAAAACCUUCUCUGUGCACCCCCUCCUAUGCUUUCAAAAGCUCAACGCGAACUUAAUUAUGCGUCGGCAUGAGCCACACACACACACACACCCACAUAUGUCCAUCCAUCGCAUUGCUGCUUCAACACACAGGAAAAAAAGAAAGAAAAACGCUGCGCACUUUUUAGCGGUCGCUGGGUGACGUUGAAAAGGCAAUUCUACGAGUACGCUGGAAAGGAGAGGGAAAUAUCGUAUGUGGGCUACAAAAGAAAAUUGCAAAGUAUAUUUUACGCUUCACUGCACAAAAGUUGUGCUUAUGAGUUUUCUCUCGGUUGUUAUGCUCUUUAGAGGAGGGUAUUUCAGAAUUUAAGAAGAGUUUGCCUGCCUGCAGUACAAGGAAUGGUUAAUGUGAGUUACUAGAAUUCAUUAUAAGAGUUCAGUUGAAAUGGAUCGUAUGAGGAGAGGAAUAAGU